AUGCGUCCUCACCCUGUUGUUACUGUUACCGCUGAUCAGGCUGACAUUGCUUGGGGUGCAGUGACGCUUGCUCACAUGUAUCGCCAACUGGGUAUGGCGACAAGGACUGGGUGCAAGACUAUUGCUGGUUGCCUGACACUGUUGCAGACAUGGAUUUACGAGUACUUCCCAGCCUUCCGCCCCCAUCCGCGUCAAGCUGACAUGCCGAACAAGACAAGGGCAGAGAUGUGGUCCCCGCCGAAGCCAAUCCGCGAGCUGAGCAGACUGAUAGACUGUAGGAGCAUACUGGAUGCCAUGACAGAGGCACAGGUGGAGUGGACUCCGUACUUGACUUAUGAUAGGUCUUUAUUGAACGAGCACCCACGUACCUCCUAUAUCGGUGGUAUCACCUGUUUCGAUAUCGUGGAGGUCUAUUUGCCUGAGAGGACAGUGAGGCAGCUCGGUUUUGCACAGGAGAUUCCCUCGGCUCCGCUGAGACCUACCCAAGCUCUGCGACUAGCACAGGGCUCCUACUCAGUUACAUUCGCUUCUUCUUGUGAAGGACCUGCUGCUGCGUUUGGUGCUGCGGAUAACAGAGUCGAAUAUGUUAGUGUUCCUAAUUAUUUUGCUGCUGAAUUUCCAACUCGACUUGCACCAUUGCUCAGGAUGCCAGCUAUUGCUCAAAUGACGCCUCGGGAAAGAGAUGCUGCUGAUAUGUAUUUAGAGGAUCUUAGAGAGUUGUUUUCCGAAUGGCAAGAGUGUAGAGGGCGCAGCCCCUAA